AUGAUGUUUUCCCCAGUAUGGAUUCUUGGUCUGCUGUACAGCAUCGUCCACGUUGAGGGACUCGCGGAGUAUCCUCACAUGAGGUUAUGUCCUGUUCCUAAUCGUCAGAAAGGCGAAACGGACCGGGUCUCUGUGGAGUUUAUGAUCAAGAGUCCUUCAUCUGAUUCAGAACUCUCUGAAAUGAUCACCACUGCGACACUCAAAACGGAGGAUAUUAAAUCGGCAUUGGCUAAGCUAGGCGAGACGGACGAGAAAAGAGACGCAGUGGAUAGCUUUAAUGGGUUUCUAAACUUUAACGCACGCGAAGGCUUCUACUCGAAUUAUUUAACUGUGGAUGCCGCUAGAGCCCCAGAUGGAAGUGCACUAGGAUAUUGGGAAAAGGCCGAUAGGUAUGAUUACAAAUGCCUGGAAACCCUGGCCCCCGGACCGGCACAGCUGGUCAAUCUGAUCUGUGCCGAGAAGAUCGCAGCUAAGUUUCCCAAGGAGUAUCCUCACAUGAGGUUAUGUCCUGUUCCUAAUCGUCAGAAAGGCGAAACGGACUGGGUUUCGGUGGACUUUAUGAGCGAGAGUCCUUCAUCUGGAUCAGAACUCUCUGCAAUGAUCACCACUGCAAAACUGAAAACGAAGGAGAUUAAAUGGGCAUUGGCCGAGCUAGACGAGACGCACGAGAAAAGAGACGCAGUGGAUAGCUUUAAUGGGUUUCUCAACUUCAACGCCCGCGAAGGCUUCUACUCGAAUUAUUUAACCGUGGAUGCCGCUAGAGCCCCAGAUGGAAGUGCACUAGGACAUUGGGAAAAGGUCGAUAGGUUUGAUUACAGAUGCCUGGAAACCCUGGCCCCCGGACCUGCCCAUUUGGUCAAUCGGAUCUGUGCCGCGCAGAUCUCAGCUAAGAUUACUCCGGAGGUGGGUUACUCUCCAAGCUAG